UGCGGCAGCAGUAGCAGAGGCAGCCGUGGCCUGCCCGUGUGUCUGUGUGUGUCAUGUGUCAGUGGUAGUGGCAGUGCGUGUGAGAGUGUAGCUGGGAGGCGCCGCCAGCCUCCCCAGCAUUCGCGACUCGUGCUCGGUCCGAGCAGGACCUUCCCUCUCGACUGAAAGGACCUGGGCCAUCCCGGGCCCCGCGCCCAGCCAUGAGGAUUACUUUGUGCGCCGGUCUGCUGAUCGGCGCGCUGGCUUUGGCCGUAGCCGCUCCAGAAGGCUACGAUUACCCUAAGCCGUCGAUCUCCUUCGAGGAUGGCUUUGUCCAGGCCCCUGCCCCGCCGCCACCUCCACCUCCACCCCCGCCACCGCCCACGCGGCCGCCACCGCCGCCCGUCGUCACCCAGAGGGUGUUCGUGCCGCCGGUGACUCCCAAGCUUGAAGGGUACUUCUACAACAAGCCCGAACCCACCGGGUACCAGUACCCCAAGCCUGUUGUGAGGUUGGAACUGCCCAAGGCGCCGCCUCCACCCCCACCCCCACCGCCGCCACCACCUAAGCCGUACCUGCCCCCUCCCCCACCUACCCUGCCUCCUCCCCCACCCACCCUACCCCCUUGCCGCCCCGGAUCAACCGAGCCAAGGUGUCCUCCUACCUGCUACCCGGGAAGCCCGGACCCAAGGUGUCCUCGCCCACCCCCGCCUCCUCCCCCACCCCCGCCACCGCCGCCACCACCACCCCCACCAAAACCUACCCAAGGCUACGUCUACCCGAAACCCGUCGUUAGGUUUGAACCUACCACGACCCGCAGGCCCACCAUUGAAUACCUUCCUCCCCCGACCCAGCCUCCUUGCCUGCCAGGAUCAACCGAGCUGAGGUGCCCUCCCAGCUGCUACCCCGGCAGCCGAGACCCAAGGUGCCCUCCGCCGCCACCUCCUCCUCCCCCACCACCCCCGCCACCACCACCACCACCCCCACCACCCCCACCACCCCCGAAGCCCACCCAAGGCUAUGUGUACCCGAAACCCGUCGUCAGGCUGGAACUCCCAAAGCCCACUAUUGAAUACCUGCCUCCCCCCACCACCACUACCCCUCGCCCGACCCUGCCUCCUUGCCGCCCAGGAUCAACUGAGCCCAGGUGUCCUCCUAGCUGUUUCCCCGGAAGCACAGACCCUAGGUGCCCGCCCCCACCCCCUCCCCCACCCAAGCCGUACCUGCCUCCCCCACCGCCCACCGAGCCGCCAUGCCGACCGGGAUCAACUGAGCCAAGGUGCCCUCCCAACUGCUUCCCCGGCAACAGGGACCCCAGGUGCCCUCCCCCACCCCCGCCCCCAACAACCACAACCCGCAGGCCUCUUCCUCCUACUACCUACUUGCCUCCCGUCACCGUGAGGAUCAACAACGAGUACCUGCCGCCGGUCACCACCACCACCCCGCGACCGACCCCGCCCCCUUGCCGCCCAGGCUCCACCGAGCCAAGGUGCCCUCCUAACUGCUUCCCCGGCAACAGGGACCCGAGGUGCCCUCCCCCUCCCCCACCCCCAACCACCACCACCCGCAGGCCUCUGCCCCCCUCCACCUACCUGCCCCCCGUGACCGUGAGGACCACCACCCCCGCGCCCACGUACCUGCCGCCCGUCGAGAUCAACCUGAAGAAGGUCGACAAGGAAAACAACUACGAGUUUGAGUACAAACUGCCCGAAGUCACGACCAGGGUCAUCCCCACCACCAGGAGGGUGAUCACCACGACCACGACCACGACGGCCAAGCCGAACAGGGACUACCUGCCCCCCGAAGAGCCCAACGUCGACGGCCUGCUGCUCGAGGCCGAGUUCCAGAAGAAGCAGGAGGAAGGCGAGAAGCUCGACAGCGACUUCGUGGACCCCUUCGACGACCCCACCAAGUGGAACCUCCGGGACUCGAUCCCCGGCGAACCCGGCCAGGACUACCCGACCCUCAGGGAGAUCCCCGUCACCGACUUCACCUGCGAGGGCCGCGUCGACGGUUACUACGCCGACGUGCAGACUGGCUGCCAGGUGUUCCACGUCUGCUCCUCUCUCGCCCCCAAGAGCUCCUUCCUCUGCAACAACGGCUCCCUCUUCAACCAGGAGCGCUUCACUUGCGAUUGGUGGAACAAGGUGGACUGCCCCAACUCCGAGGUCAACUUCGUCAAGAACAAUGACAUCGGCAAGAUGGGCGUGCCCAUGCCCACCAAGGAGAACUUGGACAUCGACGUGAGGUCUGUCAUCAACACCGAGGGCCUGCUCCUGGAAUCGCCGAAGCGCCGCAGCCAGCAGCGCGUCGUCAAGACCUCCAAGGCCUCCAACGCCGCCGGCGACGUCGUGGUCAUCGGCAGCGGCAAGCGGCAGCAGAGCGCCAACCUGGUGGCCCAGGACAGCCAGGCCCAGCAGGCGGGCUUGCUCGUCAGCAGCGGCAACCGUCAGCAGAGCGCCAACCUGGUCGCCCAGGACAGCCAGGCCCAACAGGCAGGCUUGCUCAUCAGCAGCGGCAACCGGCAGCAGAGCGCCAGCCUGGUGGCCCAGGACAGCCAGGCCCAGCAGACAGGCAACUUGCUCGUCAGCGAGAGCCUGAGCCAGCAGCAGGACCAGUCCGGCAACGCCCUGAACCAGGCCCAGCAGAGCGGCUUCUUCAAGAAGACCGUCGUCACUGAGCAGGGCUUCAACACCGACGUCAUCAACAAGCAGCUCGUCGAGGAGGUGAGCGCCCCCGAUCAGUACAAGACCGAGCUGGAGACCAAGACGGAGCUGCGGCCCGUCACCAGGCAGCGCGUCGUGGAGGAGCAGGUGCUGGUGCCCCACAAGGUGACCAUCGAGAAGCAGGUGGUCUUCAGCCCUAAGACCAACUCGAGGAGGGUCGUCUCCGAGCAGAUCAUCAAGGUCACGCCCCAGCCUCCCUCCAGCAGCGUGUCCGAGGAGUUCAUCAGCAGCAGCUCCAGCAGCAGCAGCAGCAGCAGCAGCAGCAGCGAGAACGUCGUGGCCAUCCCCAGCAAGGCCAGCCGGCGCGUCAAGGUGGUGAAGCAGAUCGUCCGCCAGCAGGCGCAGCAGGUGCAGCCGGAAGUGGAGGUGCGCCAGGCCCUGGACGAGCAGGUCCCCGAGCAGUUCGUGGAGGCCGCCUUCGGCGACAGGAUCAAGAAGCGCAAAGCCAGCAAGGACCUCCUGGACCAGUAGACUUGAACGACGACACCCUGGCCUUUCUGGGCCUUUCAGGGACGACGACGCGACGGAAACGACUCACCGCCACCACCUCGCCGCCGACGCCACGCCACGCCUCGUAGACGCAAGACGCGAAACCGAGAAAGCACCGGCGAGGACGACAAGACCGGCACGCCCACGAACGACGCGACGCCCGACCCGUGCUGACGCUGCGCAGUGUAGUGAUGACUUAUAUUAAGUUUUCUCUUGUGAUUAUUUCUUUUAUUUUUGUAGGACUGUGACUUGUGUUAGGAAUGAAAAGACUUUUGAAAGGCGACGGACGAUUUUGAUAUACUUGGCUUAUUAUGUUGAGCCCCAGUCAUACCGUAGUUACCCAUAAUUAAUUGUUUGUAUUUUUGUCGACUGUGAAUGCGACUGAAUGCUGACUGACUUGUGUUUAUGUCCUUAUGUGUUUCCUAUGGAAAUAGACUAAUUUACGAUAAACUGUGCCGUUUUCAUUUGGUCUGUAUCGACCACCUGGACGGAGAAUGCCCAUGUGGCUACAUCCCACAUUAGAACUGUUGUAUCAUAGGAUCUUCCACCUCUGUCUAUUCUCUGUUCUUAUAUUUUUGAUGAAUAAAUAUUUCCUCAAUGAUUGCA